UUGUGCGGUAGAGAAGUAAACAUUGAUUUUUCAGGAACUGCGUAUGAUCAUUACCGCGAUUUUCCCGAAAUUCAUGUUUGUCUGACUGUCACAGUUCGAAAUCUAGCUUUACACAUAAUGCGAAAAUCGGAAUUAAAAACAAAUACAAGCUCAUAACACUGGCUUUAUUCGAUUAGUUGAACGAGAACUUUUUUCAUUAUCGGCGCUGGUGAUACCGUAUCUGAUUUAGUGAAUCAGUUAAUUCUCCGCGACCGAGAGCGUCCGACUGGACAAGUGGACAGCUGGCCGCGAGUGUUAGUUGUUCGUGAUGGACAAUGUGACUUUGGUUGCGCCGGUUGUUGUUGUUGCCCUCACGCCAAGUUUGGCCGGUGGCCAGGAGAAAAAUGCUUGUUUCGUUCGUUUCGUUGGGGCGCGCAGCUUUGCGGUUGCGGCGCGCAGCUGCACCUCCCGUUGCCCCUUGGACGAUGCUGCCCACCCCCGAGCUGCACCAGCUGCCUCCCUUCGGCGACGAUGAGGCGCCCCCUGGGGCCUUCCAGGAAGGGUCCUUGGAGAUCUGCGACGACCAAGACGACGAGCAAAGGGUCUGCGAGCUGGUCAAGGAGAUUUUCUCCUUCAGGGACUCGGCAGUGAGCAAUUGGAUCGUUGAGAGCAAAGUAAAGCUGCUGUGUGCUGAAUACAAAUGCAUGAGAACCGACAGCGACCGCGACACCUUCCUCAAAAUGCUCGCCACAGCAUAUUCGGUGGACGGGACCAAACUGCAAGAGGCGGCGAGGGCCCUGCUCGAGAUUGAUCCAAAUGAUCACAGAGGGGCCGUAAAAGCACAAGAGAAAUUGCGAGACCAGCUGGCGCCCAGGUACCACUGGCUCUUCACGCACAUGGGCCGUCUCGAGAGUGGUGUAAAGUUUCUAGUAGAUUUGCGCACACAAGUGCUGGAUUCUUUGGCCCAAUGCAAGGAUGAAGUAGCGAGCGCUGCUUUGCAGCAGCUAAACACCACUUUGCGGGAGCUGCUCUCAAUGUGGUUUUCGGUUGGCUUCCUCCGACUGGAAAGGGUUACCUGGCAGUCACCCUGCGACCUCUUGCAAAAGGUGAGUGAAUAUGAGGCAGUGCACCCGAUGAGGGGCUGGACUGACCUCAAAGGCAGGGUGGGGCUGUACAGGAGAUGCUUCAUGUUCACCCAUGACAGCAUGCCGCGCGAGCCCAUUGUCGUUUUGCACACUGCCCUCGCCGACACCAUCAGCUCCAGCAUGAAGGGCAUUGUGACGGCCGCCCAGAGACUUUCAGUUGAUGCCAGUGCAGCUGGUGGACUGGCCGGCCUGAAGAUGGCCGAGUCCGAGGAGAAUCCUGAUCUUGUGAAAGCAGCGAUUUUCUACUCGAUCACCUCCACCCAAAAAGGCCUUCAGGGCAUCGAGCUGGGAAACUAUCUUAUCAAGAGGGUGGUGAAGGAACUGCGCGCCGAAUUCCCGCUGGUCCACCAGUUCUCGUCGCUGUCUCCUAUUCCUCAGUUCCGCCAGUGGCUGAUGGACAGAUUGAAGGUGGCCAAGCUGCACACGCUGUUCACGGAAGAAGAGAUAGGGAAUUUGUCAGCCUUUAUGAAAUGCCCUGCUGACUCGGCAAAUGUCCGCGAUCUGCUGUCUACCAACAAAUGGUUGGCAGAGUACUCCUUCGUCCAGACCAUGGAGGAUCCAUUCAUGAGACUGUGUGCCAGAUACCUGUACUUGGAGAAGCGCAGAGGGUUUGCCUUGGACAGUGUUGGAAAUUUCCAUUUGAGAAAUGGAGCUGUGAUGUGGAGGCUUAAUUGGAGAGCAGACACUACUAUCAAAGGACUGAAUAACUCUCUGGGAAUAAUGGUCAACUACAGGUACUUCUUAGAAGAUGCCGAGUCUAACAGCAAGAGUUACUUGGAGGACCAGUGUAUAAAUGCGUCGGACCAAGUAUUGAAUUUAGCUGAAAAAGCAAAAGCCUUGAUGGACCUACCAUGAUUAUUUUCCUUAUUAUACAUGACGUUAAAUGAUAGUAUUACUUAUGCUUCUGUUAAUGAUGUUUAUCAAAUGAAUUUAUUAAAAGCUUGUUGAGUUUAACGAA